AUGCAGCACCAGCAACAGAACCAACUGCACCAGCAGCAGCAGCAGCAGCGGCGGUGGACCCAACUGCCGCAGCAGCAGCAGCAAUACAUCCAACUGCAGCAGCAGCAGCAGCAGUACAUCCAACUGCAGCAGCAGCAGCAGCAGUACAUCCAACUGCAGCAGCAGCAGCAGCAGCAGUACAUCCAACUGCAGCAGCAGCAGUACAUCCAACUGCAGCAGCAGCAGUACGUCCAACUGCAGCAGCAGCAGCAGCAGUACAUCCAACUGCAGCAGCAGCAGUACGUCCAACUGCAGCAGCAGCAGUACAUCCAACUGCAGCAGCAGCAGUACAUCCAACUGCAGCAGCAGCAGUACAUCCAACUGCAGCAGCAGCAGUACAUCCAACUGCAGCAGCAGCAGCACGUCCAACUGCAGCAGCAGCAGCAGCAGCAGCAGCAGCAGCAGCAUACGUUGCUCCUGCCCUGA